CACAUAGAUUUGGUGCUUCCUGAUGGGAGUAAGACAGAAGCCAAGGUUUGGUUUCCAGGUCCUGCUAAAAAUACUGUUGUCAAAUCUGAUACCAAAUUGUGUAUAUUCCCAAAAAACUGAAGAGAUUUGGGUGCAGGUUUUGGCAUGGAGUUAUCUAUUAAAAUGCUAGACAUAACAGGGGAACGAAGAUUUUUUUUUCUCGACAAUUUUUCACUUCUUAGAGUUACUUUGCCAUAUGCUGGUCUGGGAAAGCCAGCUAAAGCUGAAAUAUAAAAAAAGACCAAGCCAAAUAAUUUAUUGUGCCCCCAUCCUAUCUGCACACUAAUAGUCAUUUUCCCAUUUUUUUGUUCACUGUCCUUAUUUAACUGAUCAGAUUUUCCGGAUCUUUUUUCAAACAAUAAUUUACACAAAAGCAUAUUAUCAAACAAUGUUGCCUAAUAGCCAACUGUUGCUCCCGUGUCCAGAUAUUAAUCUUACUUCUUCUCCAACUGCAACAAGAAAGCAAUCAUGUGCUAGGCAGAAGAUUAAAAUUUUGCAAUAAUUGCCUUCAUUUUGAAACCGUUAGGGGGUGGGGAAAAAAGUCAGUUGGCUUUCAUCCACAACAUGUGAUAGUCAGAUUAAUCACAGAAGUGUAUUCUGCACGUAAAUGCAUCCAGGGUAGGAAUGGGGAAAGACACUGCAGGGUGCACAGUAGCGGAAGUCAGUGGUGAAGCGUUCCCAGUUGGGUGAAGUUUCUUUCACACUCAGGUCAUUGGAGCAGUCAGAGAGAACUCUCCAUGCACUGAAGCAUAACGCUGAUGGUCUCCUGCUGCUCUGUGAGGAUGUUUCUGUUUUCCACAGGCUUACUGCUGGUCAUCCUUCAGCCAUCCACUGGGCAGUUCCCCAGAGUCUGUGCGAACACACAAAGCUUGUUGAGGAAGGAGUGCUGUCCUCCCUGGGAUGGAGAUGGGUCUCCCUGCGGGGAGCGUUCCAACAGAGGAACCUGCCAGCGCAUCCUUCUCUCUCAGGCUCCUCUGGGACCACAGUUCCCUUUCUCAGGAGUGGAUGACAGAGAGGAUUGGCCUUCUGUGUUUUACAACCGGACAUGCAGAUGCAGAGGCAAUUUCAUGGGGUUCAACUGUGGGGAGUGCAAGUUUGGCUUCUCAGGACAAAACUGCACUGAAAGGCGACUCAGAACGAGAAGAAACAUCUUCCAGCUCACCGUCAGUGAGAAGGACAAGUUCCUUGCCUACCUUACCCUAGCAAAGAAUAUCCCUAGCAAGGACUAUGUCAUUGCUACUGGCACAUAUGCUCAGAUGAACAACGGCUCCAACCCCAUGUUCAGAAAUAUCAACGUGUAUGAUCUCUUCGUCUGGAUGCAUUAUUAUGCCUCUCGAGACACUCUUUUAGGUGGCUCCAAUGUGUGGAGGGACGUUGAUUUUGCCCAUGAAGCUCCUGGUUUUCUGCCUUGGCAUCGUGCUUUUCUGCUGCUGUGGGAACGUGAGAUACAGAAGAUAACGGGUGAUGAGAACUUCACCAUCCCCUAUUGGGACUGGCGAGAUGCAGAGGACUGUGUGAUCUGCACUGAUGAAUACAUGGGUGGCCAACACCCCACCAACCCUAAUUUACUCAGUCCAGCAUCAUUUUUCUCCUCAUGGCAGGUAAUCUGCACUCGAUCUGAAGAGUACAACAGCCAACAGGCUUUAUGCAAUGCCACUAGUGAAGGGCCUAUACUUCGAAAUCCUGGAAACAAUGACAAAUCAAGGACCCCAAGGCUCCCAUCUUCAUCAGAAGUCGAAUUUUGUCUGUCACUCACUCACUAUGAAUCUGGAUCCAUGGAUAAAAUGGCCAAUUACAGCUUCCGAAACACUUUGGAAGGCUUUGCUGAUCCACGCACUGCAAUAUCAAACAUAUCUCAAAGUGGUUUGCAUAAUGCCCUUCACAUCUACAUGAAUGGCUCCAUGUCCCAAGUACAAGGCUCUGCGAAUGAUCCUAUCUUCAUCCUGCACCAUGCUUUCGUUGACAGCAUUUUUGAGCGAUGGUUAAGAAGACACAGACCCAUGCUAGAAGUUUACCCAGCAGCCAAUGCACCCAUUGGGCACAAUCGAGAAAAUUAUAUGGUUCCCUUUAUCCCUCUCUACAGAAAUGGAGAAUUUUUUAUAUCAUCAAGGGAGCUGGGAUAUGACUAUGAGUAUCUGCAAGAACCAGCGCUUGGUUCUUUCCAGGACUUUUUAGUCCCCUACCUCGAGCAAGCGCGUCAGAUCUGGCCCUGGCUGGUUGGCGCAGCUGUGAUCGGAGGCAUAGUUACUGCUGUGCUCUCUGCGCUCAUCCUGGCCUGCAGAAAGAAAAGAGAAGGAACUUCUCCAGAAAUACAACCCUUACUCACAGAAAGUGAGGAUUACAACAAUAUAUCUUAUCAAUCCCACUUCUGAAGACCUCCAAUAUCUCAAUGAUGUUUCUAAGGUGCUAGUCAAGCAUGCAGUGUUUAUGUUUACAACGACCUUGUUGAGCUGUGCUACGUAAGUUGGCUGGGCUGUCCUACUCCUUGUGCCUCUUGUAACAUCCAGUGUUACAAUACCUUAUCAGCUCCAGUACUCAUCCAGUACAGAUCUCUCAUAUUCGACAUGUUACCAUGCCACCCAAGGAACAGAGUGUAUUUCCAAUGCUUGAUUAAACAAUG